CUCAUACAUUAAAAACAUCAUUCACAGAAAAAAAAAAAAAAUGGAAUAUAGACGGCUUGUGAGUGAUGCUCAUCUUAUGGUCCAAAAUUUCCUGCAGAGCCAGGGGUACAAUGAUGCGCUGAAAGCAUUCGAGAACGAGGCAAAAGUUGUGUUGGAGGAUAUUCCACAAAGCACCCCUCCACCUAAACCUCUUAUUGAAGUCCUAACGGAUAUUCGUAUGUCGCAACUGCAUAACCAACUUGGACAACUUAACUUACCAAGCUCAAUAGAGGAGCAAGAUUUAUCAGCUCCAGGAGAUGGCUCGAUGCCCGACACAGCGGACGAAGUAAUUCAAAAUUUACAUUCAGUGAAUAUUAUCUUUGCCAGGACAGCACAAGUGGCUGUGGCCCCUACAUGGCAAGAUCUCGAUCAGGAUCCUUCGAUGACAGUCAAGUUCAUCCCUGCUCUCGUCACCGCUGCUGCAGAUCGGACAGUGAAGUUUACAAUGCUCAAACAAAAGAAUACCAUUGAACAACAACAACAAAACACUAAUGACCAUGGUGACCAUCAACCAGGAGAGGUCUUCAAGAUUUGGCAACCUCAUAGUGGUGUAGCUCUCGAUAUUGAUUUCCAUCCACUAUUCCCAGAAUUGAUGUUGACCAGUGCUAUGGACAAGACUGUUGUCUUGACUAACACAGUUUUGGGUGAAGAACAUCAAAUCUUUAAGGAUCAUGCCAAGUUUGUCGUGCGGGCCAAAUUCGCCAUGGACGGAUCCCGAAUUAUCACUGCCUCCCAUGACAAGACGGUCCGUAUCUACAAGGCAAUUGAAGAAGAAGAGACAAAUAAUAGGAGUCAAGAGAAAAGACUCCCUCGUUAUGUCCUUGACAAGACAUUGACGUUCAAGGGCGCUGUCGAGAGUCUUUGUGUCCUUCCUUGGCCUUCAAACUCUGGCGUCAGCAGUGUGGACAAUGGCAUCUGCAAUGAAACUCGUCCACCUACGGCUGUAGUUGGAACAAGAGACGACAACUACUUGCACUAUAUUAAUCUAAGUGAUUACUCCGUCACAAAGUACAACAUGAACCUCAACAACGAUAACUGGGUCUCGUUUACCCCCAUGGAGAUCUCGGCUUCUCCUCACAAUAAUGGUGGUUACCUCUUGGUUUCAACUGAUUCCCCAACAGGUCGCCAGAUCUUGUUUCGAACUGGUUCUGCAUUGCAGCUUUUCAACUACUAUGGCGUCCCUACAGAUGGGUUCUCGACCCCUCGACAUGUCUGGGAUCGGACUGGCAAAUAUUUUUAUGUCACCGGAAACGACCACAAAAUUUACUGCUUGCAAGUGAACAAUGCCGAUGAUGGUGCCGCGGUAGCUACUGUUGCAGGAACACGCGGGACUAAACAAAGCCAUGAGCAAGCCAUUAUUAGAACUCUGGAGGGCCAUACUUCCGUUGUCAGAGGUCUAUACAUGGACUAUCAUAGAAAUAUGCUAGUGAGCUGUAGCUUUGACAAGACCGUACGUACUUGGGUCAAUUGUAACUUUCACAAUGCCACCAGUAUGGCGAUAGAUAUUUGAAAUGUAUAAAAUUAUACAGCUUUUC